AAAAUAGGCCCGCUUAAAGAAACCCAUCCAGCACGCCAGGACGAUGUUGGCCUCCUGCGCUCCUCCCCCGUCCAUUCCCCACGCGGAUGAGCGGAUCCCUCCCUAGCCUAAACCCCUCGCGCCGCCGCCGGCCUACGCCGCCGCAGCCUCCUCCCAUGUCCCGCCGCCCCGCCUGUUCCCUCCUCCCUCUGCUCCGAAGCCGCCGCUGCCUUUACGACGCCACCACCGCUAGGCCCUUCACCUCCGUCUCUGUCCCACCCGACGUGAUCUCCUCCACCUGGCCGCCGCACUCCCCGUCGCCUCUUCAUCCUCCGCCCGAUCCGGCCGGGACGUGGUGCUCAGCCUCUUGUUCUUCUACCUCGCCGGCGCUCCCGCCCUUUACCGCAUCCCAUCUCCGAGCCGCCGUCUCCUUGCUCGCCACCUCGCUCACCGCGCUCCCGGGGCCUGACCCGGACCCGGUGUCCGCCCUCCACGACCACUCCUUCCCUACCCUCCUCGCCGUCUCGCCGCUCGCGUCACUUGAGCUCCUCUCGCUGCUCCGGUCCAGGCCUCGGUUAGGGCUCGCUGUAUUCUCAUUCCGCCGUGUGCUCUCCCCGGUGCCCUCUAUCAGUGAGUUUGCCCUCGCCAUCUCGCUCGCGGGCCGCGCCGGAGACCAUGACGCGGCGGCCGCGCUCUUUGCCGACGGCACCGCUAUUCAUUCCCCUAACCUAGGGCUUUACAACGCUCUUAUGUCGGCAUACAUGCACAGCGGCCUCCUUGACAACUGCAUCGAGGUCUUCCACGCGCUGGAGCGCGAUCCCAGGUGCGGUCCGCCUAACGUGGACUCGUACAACAUCCUCAUCGCCCUGUUCGGUCGCUCCAUCCUCGUUGACCACAUGGAGCGCACGCUCCAGUCGCUGGACGCUUCUGGCCAACCCCGCACUAUUGGUACUUACAAUGCAAUCAUCUCUGGUUACCUCACCGCAUGGAUGUGGGACAAAAUGGAAGCGUCGUUUCAGGAGAUGGUGUCGUUCCAUGUUGCUCCAGAUGCUACUACGCAUAAGUUGAUGUUAAGAGGAUAUGCACAUGCCGGGAUGAUCUGUAAAAUGGAGCAAGCUUAUGAGCGUGCUUGCAAGCUUGGCAUAAAGGUUGACAUUUUGCAUAUACGUGCAAUGCUGUGCGCAUACUGCAAGUUUUACCAUGUAGGUAGAAUCCAAAAGAUUGAGGAUUUGCUCAAGAAGUUGGGUCCUGAUGAUUACAGGCCAUGGCUAAAUGUCCUCUUAAUUAAGGUGUAUGCUCAGGAGGGGUUGACCGAGGGGAUGGAGCUGUAUAUUUCUGAGGCAUUGGAACGCAAUACCAUUGUUACCGCAGUAAAGGUGAUGCGGUCCAUCAUAUGUAACUAUUUUCAGUAUGACGCGGUUGACAGACUUGCACUUUUUGUCCGACGGGCCGAAGAUGCUGGUUGGAAGCUGUGCCGGAGUUUGUACCACUGCAAGAUGGUGAUGUAUGGGAAGCACUAUCGGUUGGAAGAGAUGCAUGGGGUGCUCGAUGAGAUGGAAUGUUUGAAGUUUGAUCGAACAAAGAAGACAUUUUGGAUCAUGUACAAGGCAUAUGUUAGUUGUGGUAGGAGGACUGAAGCCAACACUAUAAUUGGCAUGAUGUGGAAGCAUGGGUUUGCUGUUCGUGACGACAUGUCUGAUCAAUAACUUGACCAAUCUGCUCCACCUAUUGGUGUAAAUUUUUGCUUUCUGACAAGCUACCUGUUUUACUCGACCGCAAUUUGAAUGCCUUUGCUAUUCAAAGAGCAAGAGGACUACAUGAAAUGAAACCCAGAGCUCUCCAGUGUUAAUAGAGGUGCACGGCAGAAGUGAUGUCUAUGAAAUGUAGUACCUGAGCAGACGGCUGAAGUUGAUCAGGACAUGUUGGCCCUGCAACUAAAUUUUGAACCUGCUACCUUUUGUUAACCAUUCUUGUUGUGCACACAAGUUAUACAGCUGGUUAUGGGACAUAAAGUCAUAGAAGACAUCCAGGGCAUUUAUCAAGACGAUACAUCACACUCACCAUACAUGAUGCAGCAAGGCGAAGGUGAGGUGCCUUUGUGAUUGGUAUCGCGGUUCCAGCUUCAUCAUAGUGGAGGCACUACAUGGAGAUUUUGGCUGAAUAUUUAUUCAGCUGCCAUGCUUUUCUGCCAUGUUGGGAAAUCAGCAAGUUUCAUUGUUCUCAAGCAAUCAGCGCUCUCCUUUGGAAUCUCAAUAGUGGUGUUAGAGCUCAAGUGGCGAUACAUGCGAAAUGUACUUGUACAGUACCUCGUCGAUCAUAUGAACUGAAAGGAACCAAACAUGUAGGAGAUUUUUUCAUUAGGGUCAUUAUAGUGGUGCCGCCGAGGCAUUUCUGUGUUAUCUCGUUUUCAGGCUAAAAGGCAUGACCUAUAAUGUUAGCCUUUCGCCGCUAAUAAUUGACGUUCGCACCAGUUUUUAAUGUUCGUGCAAUGAUUCUUUUGCCAA